AUGAAUCACUACGAUAUGUACCCUCAAGUCCAGUCAGGAGAAGAGGAAGAGAUUAAUCGAGCCGUACGAAUCGCCAAAGAAAAAUCUAUCCGGCGCAGAAAGCAAAUGACGGUCGCAGCCGAAUUCUGCAGCAUCGUUGCCCUUGGCUCGCUCGUCAUGGUGCUCCUAGGGAGCACACACGUCAAUAAUGUAUUGGACGAUAUCUGGUUCAUGAGGGUCAAAUCCAAUUCUCCGUUCCCGAAACACAACCCGCUAUAUAAGGAUGUAUUCCUGGAUGGAAUUGGGAAUAUCAAUGCAGCCCAGAUGCCGCACUUUUACCAGGUUGGUUUGUGGAAUUAUUGCGAGGGAUUCGAUGAGAUUGGUAUUACAUAUUGUUCAACACCGACUCCCGCACACUAUUUCAACCCGGUGGAGAGUAUGUUAAAAAAGGCUGUGCCUGCUAAAUAUGAACCCAAGGGAAUGGCUAAGGCCCUUAAAAACGCACAACGACCAAGCAAAUAUACGCCAGAUUGCAAAGUCCAUCAGUCUGACCACACAUCAUAA